UAUAAUAAUGUACAUGUAUUUGUGCACAUAUUAACGGGAUAACGAGUUUGCGGUGUAAAGUCGAAACAAAAUCAUAGACGAAGCCGAAAAAGCCACUGUGCAUGUGCCUCACAGGCAUAUUACAUGCCCCCGUCUUCGACUUGUUGUUGUGUGCGUGCCCCCAACUCGAACGUCCUUUGAGGACGCUGCCGCUGCCAGCCUAUGCAAAUUUGUGCGGAAAAUAAUCGUGAUUUCAAGUCAAGUGCGAAAACCGAUUAAAGCGGAUACCGAAAGCAAAUCGUAAUUCGUCGGAAAUACGACUAUCCACGGAAUCAACCAGAGGAAUUAGAAGAUGGCCUGGGGAUACUGGUCUGCCACGACUGUGGAUCGCGGACGCUCGCCGCGCCGCCUGACACAGUGCACCCCGCUGCCCGUGAAUAUAGUGCAGCAGGAGGAAGAGGAGGAGCAGCAGCAGCAGCAGCCGUUGCCGGCAUCAUGCAUACCCCAGCAGCAGCAGCCGCAACCGCAUCAGCAUCAGCACCAGCACCAGCAACAACAACAACAAUCGCAAACCUGCCCCAGCACGCCGUCAGCCAAUCAACAGGGAAGCGGCAACCUCUGCUACAGUCCAUCGUGUCGCUCCCGCUGCUCGAGUCCGUGUCCGGGUUCCCCCUGCGGUUCCAUAACACCGCCGCCACCGCCACUGCUGACGUCCUCGCAGCAGCAUCUCCACUCGAACAAGAACUGUCCCGCUGCCCAGCAGCUGAUGACACAUCUGGACUAUGCGGCCAGAAGGCAGUCGUUGGAUCAGCUGGAUAGUCCGCAGUCCAAGUACUUCGACAUCCAGGCCAAUCAGCUGUCGGACAUCAUGUGCCGCGGUGCAGUGGUCAGCUCCAUACAAUCGGCCAACAAUACGCUAACCCGCGGCGUCUCGCUGCACAGUCGCAGCGGCAGUGCGCAUGGAAGCCACCAUGGAAGUCACCAUGGGAGUCACCACAGCCACAGCCAUCACGGGAGUGCCCACGGAUCGUUGGGCUGCCUCCAGGCGGGCGUAAGUGUGGGUGUGGGUGUGGGCGUCGGAACAGGAAGCACUGGCAGCAUUGGAAUGAUGUCGGCGGGUCACAUCGAUACGGGCGACUAUGAUGUGCCGCAUCCGCACCCGUACACGCACCACUAUAUGCAGACAACGGCAUCGGUGACACCGCCACGUGGCAGCCUGAGUCGGCCGGGAUCGGCGGGAGCCGUGUGUGCUGGCCACGACUCCGGAUCGGACUCGAGUCAGGGCUGUGGCGGCUCCAUUAUGGGAGGAAUGCUCGUCAUGGGCCAUCCCGGCCACAUGGGCAGCCUGGGGCACCACAGUGCGGGCAGCGGCUCCCUGGGACGGUGCUCCAGUCGCUGCCACAAUACGAACACCACAACCACCGAUGACUCGGGCGGCGGCAGCAGUGGUGGCGGCGGUGGAGGCGUCGUCGGUGGCAAUGCCUCGAUCGCCGUGGGUAUGCCGGGCAUGCUGAUUGACUACCAUCAUGGCCACCACAGUGGCAGCGCCGGCAGCGGCCUCAACGGCUGUGGAUCGGGCAGCAUCGCCGGCGGCAGCAUGGGAGGGCGCAACAGUGUCCUGGGCACCAUACACAACGGCCACGGCCAUCAUCAUCAGCAAUAUCAUCACGAGUGCAUUCACUAUGAGCGUCUGCCCAUUCCCGUGCCCAUUCCCACAGUGCCCAUGGGCGUGGCACUGCCACAGCAGCAGCAGCAGCAGAUGCCGCCUCAGAUGCCCCCGCAGCAUCAACUGCAGUCGGAGGAGGAGAUCGAGCCGGCCUAUGCGACAGUAUUUCCCAAUGUUCCUCAAGCGCCGGGAUUGUCCUGCGAUGGCGAAGAUCGCAGCAUCUAUCGACGUGGUGCUCGACGCUGGCGUAAGCUGUAUCGCGUCAACGGACACAUUUUCCAGGCCAAGCGUUUCAAUCGCCGUGCUUUCUGUGCCUAUUGCCAGGAUCGUAUCUGGGGCCUGGGGCGACAGGGUUUCAAGUGCAUACAAUGCAAGCUGCUGGUGCACAAAAAGUGCCACAAGCUGGUGCAGAAGCACUGCACCGACCAGCCAGAGCCAUUGGUCAAGGAGCGGGCCGAGGAGUCCAGCGAUCCGAUGCCGGUGCCAUUGCCCCCGUUGCCAUAUGAGGCCAUGGGCGGCAGCUCCGAUGCCUGCGAGACGCACGAUCAUGCGCACAUCGUGGCCCCGCCACCGCCCGAUGAUCCCCUGGAGCCGGGCACCCAGCGCCAGUACUCGCUGAACGACUUUGAGCUGAUACGCGUUAUCGGUCGUGGAAGCUAUGCCAAGGUGCUAAUGGUGGAGUUGCGGCGCACGCGUCGCAUCUACGCCAUGAAGGUGAUCAAGAAGGCGCUGGUCACCGACGACGAGGAUAUCGACUGGGUGCAGACGGAGAAGCAUGUGUUCGAGACGGCGUCCAACCACCCGUUCUUGGUGGGACUGCAUUCGUGCUUCCAGACGCCGUCGCGUCUCUUCUUUGUCAUUGAGUUCGUUCGGGGCGGCGAUCUGAUGUACCACAUGCAGCGCCAGCGGCGGCUGCCCGAGGAGCACGCCCGCUUCUAUGCGGCGGAGAUAAGUCUGGCGCUGAACUUCCUCCACGAAAAGGGAAUCAUCUAUCGCGAUCUGAAGCUGGACAAUGUGCUGCUCGACCACGAGGGGCACAUCAAGCUUACCGACUACGGCAUGUGCAAGGAGGGCAUUCGCUCGGGCGACACAACCUCCACGUUCUGCGGCACACCCAACUACAUUGCCCCAGAGAUCCUACGAGGCGAGGACUACGGCUUCUCCGUGGACUGGUGGGCAUUGGGCGUCUUGCUCUAUGAGAUGCUAGCCGGACGCAGUCCCUUCGACUUGGCCGGUGCCUCUGAGAAUCCCGAUCAGAACACGGAGGAUUAUCUGUUCCAAGUGAUUCUGGAGAAGACCAUUCGUAUACCGCGCUCCCUGAGCGUUCGGGCCGCCUCAGUCCUGAAAGGUUUCCUCAACAAGAAUCCCGCUGAUCGUUUGGGCUGCCAUCGGGAGUCCGCCUUCAUGGAUAUCGUCAGCCAUCCGUUCUUCAAGAAUAUGGAUUGGGAAUUGAUUGCACAGAAGGAGGUGCAACCGCCUUAUAUACCAAAUCUGGAUCCUGGUGAUCCCUAUGUGACAACAAAUUUUGAUGAUCAAUUUACGCGAGAACCGCCCGAACUAACGCCCGACGAUCCUCAUGUCAUUGACAACAUUGAUCAGUCGGAGUUCGAGGGCUUUGAGUAUGUGAAUCCGUUGCUAAUGUCCUUGGAGGAUUGCGUCUGACACCACGAAACGUGUGACUUACAUCCGUAUAAUGUAAGGCUAUAUGGCGAAGACUCCAGUGAUUACGAUUCUGUGGCAGAUGAUUUGAGUCUCCUGCAUUUGAACAGCGCAGGAGGGGCAGUGGCUGUGACUGGCUCUGGCGCUGGGCCAGUCAAUGCCAAUAACAAUCUAAGCCAGCAGCAACAUUAUCGCCAGCAGCAGCAGAUACAACAACAGAAACAACAGCAAUAUCAUCCUCAUUCAGUAUACUCACAGCAGCAACAGCAGCAGAUGCUGCAACUACAACAGCAGCAACAGCAGCAGCAACAGCAACAGCAACAACAUCAUCAUCAUAAUGGUAAUAAUAUCAAUCAUAAUAAUCAAAUGCAAGCAAAUAAUAAUAAAAGUCUACUGCAGCACAUGUUUUGCCUUCCAUUGAACUAAUUAAAAUAACGAAUUAGAUAAAGCAACAUGCAACAACAAUAAGCAGCACCGCAACAACAACUAGCAGAGCAACAAAAAAAAAACAAACAAACAAAAAAAGAAAAACAAAUUUAAAGUUAAUACAAAUUAAACGAAAAUGGCACAACUACCAAAAUUAUAUAAUCUUCUUAAAAGCAGAUACCAUUUUUCGUAAAAACCUCUAUAUAUUAUAUACAUGAAACAAAGCAAAAUCAAAGCAAAGCAAAAGAAAGUCACAAGUUGCGAGUAUUAACACACUAAACAACAUUAAGUAUGAGAGAAACGAUUACUUUACUACUUAAGCACCUAGGCAGACCCGACUCUAUGCAAAAAAAAAAAACAAAAAAAAACACUUUCAUAACUCAAUGCAAGACUUUUCAGCCAGAAACCCUGUGGAGGAGACUCCUAAGAGUAUCCCAAGAAACCAUUUUUAAGCUACAUCAAACAUAUAAAUAAUUUAAUUUUUAAACGUUUA